CUGCAGGGGGAGCGACCAGCCCAAACACACACACAUAUUGUCAGCAUCUCUGGGAAUGUGUGUGUGCGUGUGUCUGGGAUUGUGAUGGCCUGGAGGGGGCUUGCAUGGUGGAUCCCCCACUGAUCUCCCCAGAGACCUCCCAUCCUUCUACCUCCACCCCGGCCUCAGCAUGGCUGGUCUGGUGCUGAACGAGACAGGCAUGGAGGACUGUGGGAUAGAUGACAGCUUUAAGUAUGACCUGUACAGUGUGGUCUACAGCGUGGUGUUUGUCCUGGGGCUCUGCACCAACUGUGCUGCUCUCUUUGUGUUCUGCUUCCGGAUGAAGCUAUGCAACGAGACAACGCUGUUCAUGACUAACCUGGCGUUGUCAGACCUUGUGUUUGUGUUCACGCUGCCCUUCAAGGUCUACUACAACAUCAACCGACACUGGCCCUUCGGAGAUGAGCUCUGCAAGGUAGUUACUAGUUUCUAGCCCUUUUCACUGUGUGAACUGUUAGGUAAUUUCACAAGUGUUUGGCUGUAUAUGUGUUUCUGUCUAAUACAUAUAUUCCACCCCCCAGGUGUCAGGCAACGAAUGAAUCAAUCAAUCAAUUAGUAAAUUAAUUAAUCACUUAACCAAUCAAUCUCUCUCCAUCCCCCAGGUAUCAGGAACAGCCUUCAUCACCAAUAUCUAUGGCUCCAUGCUGUUUCUCACCUGCAUCAGUGUGGACCGCUUUCUGGCCAUCGUCUACCCCUUCCGCUCGCGCUCAGUCCGCACGCGGAAGAACGCGGGCCUGGUGUGUGCUGCGGUCUGGCUCACCAUCGUGGGUGGAGGGAUAUCGGUCACCUUCUUUUCCACGAUCAACCAGGCAAACCGCGCCACGGCCUGCUUCGAGGGAUUCUCCAAGAGCACCUGGAAGACAUACUUGUCCAAGAUCACUAUCUUUAUAGAGGUGAGGAGAGAGAGUGAGAGAGGGAGGGAGGCAGGGAGGGAGAGAGGCAGGAGGGGAGGGGGAUGGAAGGAGAGAAGGAUUCUCUUCAAUCACCUGGAAGACUUAGGCCAGGAUUCAAUCAGAAACCGCUUUAGCGUGCUUGACAUUUAAAGGUAAUCUCCAAUUCAGCCGACAUCUGAGCUUGAAUAAGAUCCCUGGGAAUGUGAUAAUAUUGCCUUUAAAAGCCGCCUUGUCUUCAAACACGAUGGGAUUGAAUCCCGGCCUUACCUCUCAGUGUGUGUAUCAGUGUGUGUAUCUUAUUAUUAGUGUGUGUCGUGUAUGUGCUAAGCUCUUCCUGUACUCUCCAGAUUGUAGGUUUUCUCCUCCCCCUCCUGACCAACCUGGUGUGUUCCUCUCUGGUGCUGAGAACCCUCCGUCGCCCAGGGACCAUCGGCCACGGCUGCAACAGCAAGCGCCGGGUCCUCCGUAUGAUCCUCGUCCACCUGGCCAUCUUCAUCGUCUGCUUUGUCCCCUACAACUCCAUCCUCUUCCUCUACGCCAUGGUGCGGACCCAGGCUCUGGCCAACUGUAACCUGGAGAGGUAUAACUAACCCUAACCCUACAACUACAUCCUCUUCCUCUACGCCAUGGUGCGGACCCAGGCUCUGACCAACUGUAUCCUGGAGAGGUAUAACUAACCCUAACCCUACAACUCCAUCCUCUUCCUCUACGCCAUGGUGCGGACCCAGGCUCUGGCCAACUGUAUCCUGGAGAGGUAUAACUAACCCUAACCCUACAACUCCAUCCUCUUCCUCUACUCCAUGGUGUGGAGGUAUAACUAACCCUAACCCAGGCUCUGGCCAACUGUAAACUGGAGAGGUAUAACUAAUUGCACUUUAACACUUACGCUUUAACAAUCAAUCACUCAAUCAAUCAACAUGUCAUUUUUUUCUUAACUGCACUUAUUCAAUGUUCUUGUAAAUAUCCUCUGAAAUGUGUUGUUGCUGUUUUUAGAUAUGUGAUUUAGUCUGUCUGUAUGUUUGGUGUUUACUGCAAAAUGACUUGCCUCAUUGAGGCCAUUAAUUAGCGUUGUUCUGAAUGUGAAGGUUUGUUCGGACGCUGUACCCAAUCACCCUGUGUCUGGCCACCCUCAACUGCUGCUUAGACCCAGUGGUGUACUACUUUACCUCUGAGUCCUUCCAGAAGAGUCUCACCACCGGGGGGAAGGGUUGGGUCCGGGCUGAGAGCAUCCCCCGCAGCGAUACACACCUGAGUAGUGAGGCAGAGACGCAGCAGGACACAGGGACAGUGACCAGGGAUGGGAGACCGUCGGGAGACACACGGGACUGGACAGUCACCAGGAGAGACUCACGAGAAGCAUCACUCACUAGAGACACACAGGACUGGACAGUCACCAGGAGAGACUCAAGAGAAGCAUCACUCACUAGAGACACACGUGACGCACACGCUCUCGCCAGUAACGGGAAAGAUACGGGAGUGAGUGAGACUCAGUUCUGACACUACGGGGGAGAGAGAGAGAAAGAGAGAGAGGAAGAGAGAGAGGAGAGAGGGAGAAAUAGAGAGAGAGAGAGAGGAAGAGAGGGAGAAAGAGAGAGAGAGGACAGGUCUGGAUGGAGAGAUCAUGUCUCUGAGUCUAUGCCCUAGCUCCUACGCCACUCUAUCACCACACCAAACUAAAAAAUAUCUCACUUUCUUUUCAUAUACGGAGCUAGGAUAUUCUCCAUAAUGGGACAGUUUCUACAUGCAUCCAAUCAGGACCUCAGAAAUCUCCCUGCUACCGUAUAAGUCCAGGAGAUAUCUGGGGUGAGAUACAUUCAAGACACUCACCAGAUGCGCGUGCACCCACUUACAUAUUUGUCUAAUAUUUUAACUCUGGAAAGGGUAUGUGUCAUGCUGACAUAUCUAAGCCUUUAUACUUAGGCAUGAACGAAUACACAUACUUUCAAAGAUUUAUUAUAUCUGUAG